CUGAUUAGAUGUUGAACCAAAUAACUGUUAAUGCAACGAAUUGAAGCAAACUCCACCUCUUUUUUGGGAUAAAGUUGUUAUCUCGCUGUUCUGAAAAAUUUCUGUCGCCCCGAACGUUGAAAAAAGAUAUUGUUCCCAUUUUGAUCUCAUACUCGUACCAUUGAUUGAAUACCAUUGAUGAAGUACCAUUGAUUAAGGACAUCUUCAAAAGAAAGGCUAUACUUAUGUGAGCUCAAAAAAUGGGUCAGGAAACUGGAUCCUCAUCGUCGUCGGGGCAGCCGCCCUCAUGCCUGCCGAGCGAUGCUUUCCAGCAUUUUCAACAGCGGGAGGCGCAGCUACUGCAAUACAAUCAAGAACUCGAGAAGGAAAAAGAGGCUGCCAUAACCAAAGCCCAAGAAGCAAUGCGCGACGUCGAGAACUUGGACUUCAAGAACUACCAGCCGUAUUUUUACUUAGGUUGUGACAAAGGCAAAGUAUGUAUCUAUGACGUGGAGAUCUAUUCCUAGUCUACAGCGCAACAAUUUAGUGUGUGGUGGAGGGAAGUGAUGAUGAAAGAGGGUAAGUGAGUUUUAAACAUGAAGACUAAAUUAAUUAACAGGGGUACGUACGAGUCCUAUAUGCAAACUAUGAUUGCAUCUACAGACGAUGAAGUUUGAAACCAAGCGAAGUAAACAUCUUUAUUGCACAGGUCCUUUCUCCGGAAUACUGGUGUACAGCCGUUGAUACAGGAGAGUUCGAUCGACCUAUCGGACGCAGGUACUGAAGAUGUGCUAGAAGUAUCAGACUUCUCUGUUUAUCUGUGUUUUCCUAUUUUUGUGCUAGCAUUCAUCAAGUUUACAAUUCAUUGUUUUCAUCUAUCAUUACCAUUAGUUCCUACUUGGAGUUUUUUUGAAGGUAAAACUUUGAAAUGUCUCGCGUUUACUCACAUUACCAGCUAUGUCGCAUGCGCGACGCUUUCCCGAAGCCUCUGCAGCACCGCUAAAGACGCUUAAGGACCCAGCACCACCGCAAGUCGCGGACUUACAGCCAACGAUAUCCACGAAGACAAAAUUAGCACAUCCAGCUGCAUCCGCAAACGAAGUCGAAACUCUCCAAAGUAUAGCUAGAAGGGGAAUUUCCCAUUAGUUUUUUAGAGCUGUAACCGCUGUGUACUUUUCAAGGAAGUUACAGUACUUAAGUAGUUUGAAUGACUAUGUGAUGAGCGUAAGUUGUGUAACGCGUCUGUAUUUGCAAGUUAGCGCAAACUUUAAAACAGACACGAUCCGGUUUCAGAAGGCGCGCAUUAUUGCACUCCAGGAGGAGCUCGACAAAAACAUCAAGCAGCUAACACAGAGAGACGGAGACAAUAAUCAGCUGAAGCAGGAUAAUAAGGCGCUCACAGAGGAGAAUAGACGGCUUUCAAGGCAGCACGUCAUCGGAGAGGGCCACCAGGACAAAUUGAAGAAGACAAUCGCAUUAUUGGAGCAUAAAAUCAAAGACUUCGAGAAGGAUCUCACCGAGGUACUAAAAGUGAAGCAAACGGAUGAUGUUUUUGUCGACUUUAGAAUUCCCAGAACGUCUUGGAGAGAUGCAAAUCGGCAGCAAAUAGUGUGUCGAAAACGCAAAAAGUGGCACAUCGAAUACACGGAAGAUAUGUCCCUCCUAGCCAAGGCAAAAAGGGCGGAAAUAAUGCGCUCACAUGAGGCACGACGCAGAAAGACGUAGAGAAGGACUAACGCUUAACCCCUGGAGUGGGUACAUUCAUUCACUCAUUCAGAAUCGAGUCACUAUCACGUUUUCAAGAUGAUCAAGAAUGCUUGAAGAACUCACUCCAUUCUGUCCCUUUGUCAAUAUUCAGGCACGCAAGGAGAAUGACCAGCUGUCAUUAACAGCUCGAAAGCAGGAGCAAGAAAUCAGCUCUAAGGAUGCGCGCGUGAAUCGGCUUAUAGAGGACUGCGAGCGAUAUCGGACGAGCAUGAAAGAUUUGAAAUUAUGGAUAGAAGUAAAAAGAAUUAGAAAUGUCUUAUAAGGGCUCAGACUGUGUUCUCCUAUUACGGCGGGAGAUGAGGAUUUCUGAAUAUUUCUCGUUUAAAGCUCUUUGGUUGCGUACCGACUCUAAUCCCUAGUCAAGACCAGGAUAAGGUCAAGUCCGAUCGCAAGGAGCUCGACAGGCUGCUAGCGGACAAUCGGAAGCUAGAGAGGCAGCGAAACGAGUUGGUCGCUGCCUUCAAGAAGCAAAUGAAGUUGAUUGACGUCCUCAAAAAACAGCGCACUCACCUCGAGGCAGCACGCGUCCUAAGCUUUACCGAGGACGAAUUUGUGCGAAUUUUAGACUUGGGAGAUAAGCUUGGUGCUGCAUGAUCUCCUUGUCAUAUUAGCCUAAGUAUGAAAGACCCACAUGGAUGAUAGUGUAGACCUCCCGGAUAAUCUUCAUUGUUGAUGCUCAGUUGUUUCAUGAUUUGUUCAUGAAAUCGUUCCCAUUCCAAAAAAUAUGUUUAUAUGUCUCUACACAACGCACUCAGAAGAGAGUGUUGUCGCUCUUGGAGUAAAAAUAGCAGGG